GCAGAGUGAGCAGGAGGAGAGAAGCAAGCAAAUGGAUGUGGUACCUUUUGGUUCGUGAGCGUGUAUUUUUCUUGCUCUGGGUGGCAGACAUAAUGAAGCUGAGACCUGAAAGCUGUUCCUUAAAAAAGGGAAGGUUGGAUAAGACAGCUGAGGCAUUCGACACCUAUGUUGUUUUGAAAGUUCAAAAUUUGAAAGGCACUACAAUCAAAAGAAGAGGAAGUGAACCUUGCUGGGAACAGGACUUCAUGUUUGAAAUUGGCGCUGAUGAAAAAGGCUUCACUGUAGAACUGUGGAAGAAAGGUUUGCUCUGGGAUGGCAUUUUAGGAAUUUUAUGGAUUCCUCUUUCAUCUGUGGAACAUGCAACAGACGAAGGUCCGGGUGCCUGGUGGACAUUGCAUUCUGAAGUAAUAAAAAAUGGAAUUGAGAUUCAAGGCACAAGAACACCAACUUCACAUGAGCUCUUACUGGAUGUCUACUUUGCAAUACCAUUUGAUAUGCAUGAAGAUUUAGACUACAGAGGCUGCAAUAAGGAGAUGCUACUUCAAGGAACAAAACAUUCACAUAAAGAUGAGUGUGAUAAUCUGUCAUCUGUGGAAAGUGGCCUCCACAUACAAGAAAACAAACUAAGGAACAUCUCACUAGAACCAGAAGCCACUCUCUCUACCCAUCCUUGUUUCCAGUGCCUCCUACUCUUGCAUCUCCUGCUCCUAGUUGUUACCAGGAAAAAUAAAUAUCAAACUGGAAGUAAUUUUGCACAAGCAAUAUGGGCCAGGGCUAUUCAGAAGACACUUCAAGAUGCCACGCGCAGGAGAGUGAGGUUUUACAAGACAGACAAAAGGCCUUCAGGAUUUUGCUUCUAACAAGAACAUAUGGCAUUUUGGUUUGGGGCUGUUGUAAUUUUUGUUGUUGUUGUUUUUUUUUUUUCCU